GAGCGCGCUUUCAGUCGACUGUCGCAGUUUGAACAGUUCGGUUGGAUUUUUGCUUAUUUGUUGAAGCAACGUCGGUUUUGGGUGGUGAAGCCGCGCUUAUACUAAAACGGAAAGGGAAUGUUGUUUUUUUGGAUGCGAAACUAUACGACGAGGUGAAUAGAAGUCAGCGAACGAAAGUUAAUUUAAUUAGGAUUGAAUUACACCGGGUCGUGUCGUAGCCGUUUUGGGGAAGACGUCGCUUUGGAUUUCGGGUGGGACGAAGGUGAAGACGAUUACCGUUUAAAAAGGUGUUUUGAAACUAAUUGUGUGUUGGAGAAAAAAAUAUUGCAAGAAAAUGAAGUGGUUGGUGGUUUUGGUGAUGCAGAUGCUGAUGGAUGGCCUGCUGGCCGUUCAGGACUCUUCCAAGGAAAACCGAGGAUCUUCAUCGCAGCAGUAUUGUACCGAUUUGAACCCACAAACGGGGUUGGAUAUUGAGCAAAUCAUGGGCCUCUGGUACGGCAGCGAGGUGAUCACUCAUAUCGGCAGUGAAGAAGGCGAAUCGAUCUACGACACUUGUGUGGUGAUUCAUCUAUCCGACAUCACCAAUUCGACAACAUCCAGCGAGAGCACAACGCGAGAUAAUGGACCGGAAGUGCGAUUUGGCACAUCGUACGGCUACCCGGGGGACAGAAGCCGACACGAUUCAGACGGCAACCGGCGCUACCAGGCCGAGCAACACCAGCAGCACCAGUACCAGUACAACUACCGACAGCCGACAAGCUUACGCUAUCUGCGGUUGAUCUGGGACGAGAAGCACCACACAUUGGAGUAUACCCUGAGGUUUAAUUCUUCGCGGCCGGGAUUCUGGAUUUCUUCGGCGGCACAGUCUAAGACGAUGAUCCAGCUGCCGAAUGUGCAGUUUACCGGGACGGUUCAGGUGCUGAAGGCGAUUAACAAUCAGCUGGUGCUGACGUUCUGCCAGAGUGUACCCGGUGGGCAGCUGUUUUCGGUGGUGCUGACGAGGCAUCCGAUGGGAUUGUCACCGGAGGAAAACCAAAGCAUCAGAAACUUCCUGAGACGGAAGCACCUCUCAACCACUUCCAUGAGGAAAGUCUGCUUCAGCGCAGCCACCAAUCAGGCAUCCCUGGGCAUGGCAGCGAGCAUUUUGAUCGUGCUGGUUCUGCAGUUUUCUGCAAAGAUGCAUUAAAAACCUAUUUCGUGUUCUCAUUUUCAAUCCCUCCAUUUCCAAAGAGCUAACAAGCAAGGUCUUCUAUUUAUUUCAACGGUCAGGACUGCUGCGAUUGAGUGUAACUUAGUCAUGUAGGUUUCGUAGAAGUUAAUGUUUAAGAAAUGUGUUAAGUCUAUUUUCUAACUACUUUAAGAAUGCUGUGCUAACUUUAUUGGAACAUGACAUGAAGAUUUUUGAAAAGAGCAUUUGGCUUUAGCUGAUAAAACGUAGGUCUUUUUCCCUCGAGUGAGGUCAUCUGUGUCAUAACCGCAGUCAUUUAGCCUGGAGUCAUAAGAGUUGUUAAGUACACUUCAUAAAACGUGUAAGGAAACAUAAAUAAAAAGUCGUUCCGUGAACUACUCAA